ACAAUAAAAGAUUAUAAAUGCUAGUAUUUAAUUUAUCAAAACGUCAAGCAAUUAAUACAGUUAAAUUGUUGUGUCAAAAUAUGUCUACUAAAUGUGAAGUAGCUGUAUGUCAAUUUACUUCAACAAACGAUAAAGAAAGGAACUUAAGCAUUGUUAAAAAACUUGUACAACAAGCUGCGAAUAAAGAUGCAAAGGUAGUAUUUUUACCGGAAGCCACCGAUUACAUUGGAACAAGUAAAAAAGAAACUGCUGAAUUGGCUGAACCAUUAACUGGUAAAUUAAUAUCAGAGUAUAAAAAUUUAGCCAAAUCAAACAACGUUUGGCUAUCAAUUGGUGGAUUCCAUGAAAAAGUGAAUGAGUCAACCACAUACAAUGCCCAUAUCUUAAUUGAUAAUGAAGGGUUUAUUAAAUCAGUCUACAGGAAAGUCCACUUGUUUGAUGUAUGCAUACCUGAGAAAAACGUAAAUCUAAAAGAAUCGGACUUUAAUAAAGGUGGUGACAGAAUCCUUGAGCCCAUUCAAACACCAGCUGGAUUAAUGGGUUUAGCAAUUUGCUAUGAUUUAAGAUUUCCAGAACUAGCAAUCCUCCAAAGAAGAUUAGGUGCUGAAAUUCUAACAUACCCUUCAGCAUUCACUUCCACAACUGGUGAGGCUCAUUGGGAAAUUUUAUUAAGAGCAAGAGCUAUUGAAAAUCAAUGUUAUGUUAUUGCUGCAGCCCAAUAUGGGAAGCACAAUGAUACUCGCGUUUCUUAUGGACAAUCUAUUAUUAUUGAUCCAUGGGGUAAGAUAAUAGGGGAGUGUCCAAAAUAUCAACCAGACAAUGACGCUGAUGAAAGUAUAGCAGUGGCAACAAUAAAUUUGGAUCUAAUUAAAAAAGUAAGGAGAGAAAUGCCGGUCGUAGAUCACAGAAGAAGUGAUAUUUAUAGUUUGGAGCUAACUGAGAACCUGACCAAUACAGUAAAUGAUAAUGAUAUAUACUAUUUUGCUGACAAAAAAAUACUUGGUGGUACAGUUUUUUAUAAGUCCCCCUACAGUUUUGCCUUCACCAACAUAAGAUGCGUCGUGCCUGGCCAUGUGCUAAUUUCUAGUUUAAGACCAGCUGCAAGGUUGCAGGAUUUAACUGAAGUGGAAGUCGCCGAUUUAUUUAGGACCUCGGUAAAAGUAGAACAGGUUCUAGAAAAGCAUCACAACUCAACAAGUACCACAGUUUGCGUUCAGGAUGGAAAAAAUGCUGGCCAAACUGUUCCUCACGUUCACGUUCAUAUUCUUCCGAGAAAACCGGGUGACUUUGAAAGGAACGACGAUAUUUAUGACUCAUUGGCGAAACACGAUAGAGAGGAUAAUCCAGGACCAUUGAGAACAACUGAAGAAAUGGUGAAAGAGGCUCAAACAUUGAGAGCAUAUUUUUCCAGUUAGAUUUAUUGUCAAAGAAGGUACAUGUGAUAUAAUAAAUUAAUCAAAUUCAAUUUAGUUAACAACUGA